AUGAACUCCUCCGUUGAACACCUUUCCCCUACAACUUCUUCUGCCAGGUUUUCUCUACCUUCCAAGUCUACAGCCGGUCCUAAACCAAAUAUAUAUGAACGAAAUUUGAACAAGACUCGAGUCGCAGAAGUUUCGGCUGCUUCACUCAGCUUUCUCUUUUCAGAAGUUGUGCAGUAUACGCAGAAACGCGUCAGUGGGGUCAAUGAUUUAGAGAGAAGGUUGAACACGCUAGGAUAUCGCGUUGGCACUCGUGUUCUCGAACUCACCGCUUAUCGUGCGGAGUCUUCGUUGAAAGCGCCCAAACGAGAAAUCCGUCUUCUGCCCGCCCUCAUGGCGAUACACACACAAAUCUGGAGAGCAGUGUACGGUAGGCCGGCUGAUGCGAUUGAGAAAAGCGUAGAGAAUGUAGACGAAUACAUGAUAAUAGACAACGACCCACUUAUCGAGCGACACAUUUCCGUCCCUCGCGAUCUAUCUGGUCUUAGUUGCUCAUCAUUCUCCGCUGGGAUUGUCGAAGCUGUCUUGGACGGCCUGGGUUUCCCGGCACGCGUCACUGCACAUCAUACACCUACUUCAACUCAUCCUACUCGCACUACCAUUCUCAUUAAAUUAGAAAAGUCUGUAUUAGACAGGGAAGAUGUGCUUAAGUAG